GCUGAUGGUAUUGAGGCUUUGGUUUUUCCUUCGAAUCUUUCCGAAUGUUGCAUUUCUCCUUUUUUUAGUUGUGGCAACUGUCCAUAAAGUUGCGUUUGAGUGUGCUUUCUCCGGGUGUGUUCAGAGCAGCGCACCUGAAGCUGCCGCGCUGUUUACACCACACCCAACAGCAUCUCGGGCCGAUGCUCACGCGGGCGCCCCUCUGGUGGGCAUCCCUAUGAACGGUUGCCCUACACAGCACAUGACAGACGUUAACUAACCACCAGUCUUGUUCCAGAACGUUCUCUUCAUCUCAAAGGAAACACAGAAUCAGCCUGGCCUCUGUUUUUGGCGAUGCGAGGAGAGGCAGUCCCAGACACCUUGCAAGACGUCGUUCAGAAUUCAAAAGAAGUGCUGGGUUUGCUGCAGGAGAAAAACCCGUCAUUUAAGCCGGUUCUGGCCAUCAUUCAGGCCGGCGAAGAUAACUUCAUGCAGGAAACGAACCAGCACCUGGCAGCGGAGGUGGGUCUGGACAUCACCCACAUCUGCCUCCCUCCAGACAGCGGUGAGGAUGAGAUCAUAGAUGAGAUCCUGAAGGUGAAUGAGGACACCCGAGUCCACGGUCUUGCCCUUCAGAUCCCUGAGAACUCGUUCAGCAACAAAGUGCUCAAUGCCUUGAAGCCAGAAAAGGACGUGGACGGAGUGACAGAUAUCAACCUUGGGAAGCUGGUGCGUGGGGACGCCCAUGAAUGCUUCAUCUCGCCGGUUGCCAGAGCCGUUAUCGAACUUCUUGAAAAAUCAGACGUGGACUUCAAUGGAAAGAAGGUCUUGGUCAUCGGCGCCCAUGGGUCUUUGGAGGCGGCCUUGCACUGUCUGUUCCAGAGGAAGGGCUCGCUGACCAUGAGCUGCCGCUGGGACGUGCCGCAGCUGCAGAGCAAGCUCCAGGAGGCUGACAUCGUGGUACUGGGCUCACCCAAGCCGGAAGACAUCCCCCUCAGUUGGAUACAGCCAGGAACUACCAUUCUCAAUUGUUCUCACGAUGCUUCAGCCGGGAAGCUUGAAUGCGGGUCACCCCAGGUCCAUCCGAGUGGCCUCCUCGUGCAAGAUGACGUGAGCCUCCUGGCUGCAGCGCUGCGGAUUCAGAACGUGGUCAGUAGCGGACGGCGGUGGCUCCGUGAGCAGCAGUACACGCGGUGGAGACUGCACUGUUUGAAACUCCAGCCUCUCUCUCCUGUCCCAAGCGACAUCGAGAUUUCCAGAGCUCAGACUCCCAAAGCGGUGGAGGUCCUUGCCAAGGAGAUAGGCUUGCUUGCAGAUGAAAUCGAAAUCUACGGGAAAAGCAAAGCGAAAGUCCGGUUGUCUGUGCUGGAAAGGUUAAGGGAUCAAGCAGAUGGAAAAUACGUCUUAGUGGCCGGGAUCACGCCCACCCCUCUGGGCGAAGGGAAGAGCACCGUGACAGUUGGGCUGGUCCAGGCCCUGACCGCACAUCUCAACGUCAACUCCUUCGCCUGUCUCAGGCAGCCUUCUCAGGGACCCACGUUCGGUGUCAAAGGAGGCGCCGCGGGAGGCGGGUAUGCCCAGGUCAUCCCCAUGGAGGAGUUCAACCUUCACCUGACGGGGGACAUCCACGCCAUCACUGCGGCCAACAACUUGCUGGCAGCCGCCAUUGACACAAGGAUUUUACACGAAAAUACGCAAACAGAUAAGGCCCUGUACAACCGGCUGGUGCCAUUGGUGAACGGCGUGCGGGCGUUUUCAAAAAUCCAGCUUGCUCGAUUGAAAAAACUGGGCAUCCACAAGACUGACCCUAGCCUGCUGACGGAGGAGGAGGUCAACAGAUUCGCCCGCCUCAGCAUCGACCCCGCGACCAUCACCUGGCAGAGAGUGCUGGACACAAAUGACCGGUUUCUCCGAAAAAUAACGAUUGGGCUGGGAAAGGCGGAAAAGGGGUGCUCCCGCCAGGCGCAGUUUGACAUUGCUGUGGCCAGUGAGAUCAUGGCGGUGCUGGCCCUGACCAACGGCCUCCCGGACAUGAAGGAGCGGCUGGGGCGGAUGGUGGUGGCCAGCGACAAGAGCGGGCGGCCUGUGACGGCAGACGAUUUGGGGGUGACGGGGGCUCUCACAGUCUUGAUGAAAGAUGCCAUCAAACCGAAUCUGAUGCAGACCCUGGAAGGCACACCGGUAUUUGUGCACGCCGGCCCCUUUGCCAAUAUUGCACAUGGCAACUCCUCAGUGCUGGCUGACAAAAUCGCCCUGAAGCUGGUUGGGGAAGAAGGAUUCGUGGUGACAGAAGCUGGCUUCGGGGCUGACAUUGGGAUGGAGAAGUUCUUCAACAUCAAGUGCCGCGCCUCCGGCUUGGUGCCCAACGUGGUCGUGCUGGUGGCCACAGUGCGGGCCCUGAAGAUGCACGGGGGCGGGCCGAAUGUCACUGCGGGCGUCCCUCUUAAGAAAGAAUACACAGAGGAGAACGUUCAGCUGGUGGCGGAUGGCUGCUGUAACCUCCAGAAGCAGAUUCAGAUCGCUCAGCUCUUCGGGGUUCCUGUCGUCGUGGCUCUGAACGUCUUCAAGACCGACACCCGUGCCGAGAUCGACUUGGUGUGUGAGCUGGCGAAGCGGGCGGGGGCCUUCGACGCUGUCCCCUGCCACCACUGGUCAGUUGGUGGGAGGGGGUCGGUAGACCUGGCCCGGGCCGUGAGAGAGGCUGCCAACAAGAGGAGCCGUUUCCAGUUCCUGUACGAUGUCCAGCUCCCGAUUGCGGAAAAAAUCCGAACCAUUGCCCAGGCUGUCUACGGAGCCAAAGAUAUAGAGCUCUCACCCGAGGCUGAAUCCAAAAUAGACCGUUACACUCAACAGGGUUUUGGGAAUCUGCCCAUCUGCAUGGCAAAGACCCACCUGUCUCUGUCUCACGAGCCUGACAAGAAGGGUGUGCCCAGGGGCUUCAUCUUGCCCAUCAGCGAUGUCCGGGCCAGCAUCGGCGCUGGGUUCAUCUACCCUCUGGUCGGAACGAUGAGCACCAUGCCAGGACUACCCACAAGACCCUGCUUUUACGACAUUGACCUGGACACAGAGACCGAGCAGGUUCAAGGCUUGUUCUAAGCGCAGCCUCCCGAGGACCUCGUGUUAGGCUCCUGAAAACCCCAACGACUCUUUGCCUUUCGCCGCAGAAGAUGGGGAGCUAAGCAGUGCCUGGCACGCGGCACUGGAGGAGUGGAGACAUGGGCCAAGGCGGUACCCCUGGUUCAGGAGGAGUUCUGUGUUACAGAGCGAAGUGUUCAGCCAAAGGACCUACGCCGGCCUUGAAAGGACGCCUGUAUUUCCUCCUCCCGCCAGGUUUACCUUCUGCUGCUUGCUCUUUACAGUGUUUGUUUGAGGCCACUGAAGGGUCCAAGCGUGUGAACUGAAGGGGACCAUUUUCCACGAUGGGGUUUUAUAUACUUUCCCCCCCCUUUGAACCCCAAAUAAACGUGUAUCUGGAAAA